AUGAGUAAAGAAAUUCUGCUGGUAGUUGACGCAGUUUCCAAUGAGAAAGGCGUUGAGCCUGAGGUAAUCUUCGGAGCAAUAGAAGCUGCACUAGCGUCAGCGGCGAAGAAACGCCAGAUGGAAGAGAUUGAGUGUCGGGUGGUCAUUGACCGCGAAACCGGCGAAUACGAGACCUUCCGCCAGUGGGAAGUCAUUGAGGACCCCGAACUAUUCGAGGCUGGUUCCCGUCAGAUAAUGCUCGAAGAUGCGCGCAAGCAGGAUGCAGCGCUCAAUAAGGGCGAUUUUAUUGAGGAACCCAUGGACAACCCCGAGUUUGGCCGAAUUGCGGCGCAGGCGGCGAAGCAAGUCAUCGUCCAGCACCGGGUUGGCGAUUUGAUCAACGGUAUCGUCAAACGGGUCGAACGGGGAAAUGUCUACCUCGAUCUUGGCGGCAAUGCCGAGGCGUUUGUUCCGCGCGAAAAGAUGAUUAAUCGCGAGUCCGUUCGCGCUGGAGAUCGGCUGCGUGGCUACCUUUACGAAGUGAAAGCGGAGCUGCGCGGGCCGCAGCUGUGGGUGACCCGUUCGGCCCCCGAAUUCUUGAUCGAAUUGUUCAAGUUGGAAGUGCCCGAGAUUGGCCAGGGGCUGAUCGAUAUUCUAGGCGCUGCACGUGACCCAGCGAUGAGAGCGAAAAUCGCGGUGCGCUCGAAUGAUCGGCGGACUGAUCCAAUCGGCGCUUGUGUUGGAAUGCGCGGGUCGCGCGUGCAAGCUGUAUCGAACGAGCUCUCCGGCGAGCGCAUAGACAUUAUUCUCUACGACGAAAACCCAGCUCAAUUCGUGAUCAAUGCCAUGGCUCCUGCUGAAGUCAAAGGUAUCAUCGUCGAUGAAGAACGGAGCAUGAUGGAUAUCGUAGUUGAAGAGGAUAAGUUGUCACAGGCUAUCGGUCGAGGUGGUCAGAACGUCCAAGAGUCGACCGCGGCCACUGCUUUGUUUGUCGAGCGACUCGAUGUGGACGAGGAAAUAGCCAAUAUCCUGGUCGCCGAAGGGUUCUCCACUGUUGAAGAAGUUGCCUAUGUUCCUGAACCGGAGUUGCUUGCGGUAGCUGAGUUUGAUGAGACGGUGGUAGAGGAACUGCGUAGCCGGGCCCGCGAUGCACUGCUGACACAGCUGAUCGCUGCCGAGGAGGAGCUGGACGAACAUGAGCCGGCCGCUGAUUUACUGGCACUGGAAGGAAUGACCGAGCGCAUCGCGUACGAGCUAGCUAGUCGUGGCAUCGUGACCCAAGAUGACUUGGCUGAGUGCGCCACCGACGAACUUGAAGAAGUACCGGGCCUCGAAGAAGAACUGGCCGCUGCGCUAAUCAUGGCCGCGCGCGCGCCAUGGUUCGCGGACGAGGAAGAGUAA